GGCAACCCUGCAGACUGUCUAUUCCCGGAAGAACGUCUCUCGGUAGGCCAGCUAGGCUAGUUAAUCAUUGCUGCUUUAUAGUCAGGCUUAAAAUAAACCGCAGCAGACCUGGUUAAACAACACAUGCACACCAAAAGUAGAGAUUAUUGUUUUAGAUAUCUAGGACUGACCUCGCCAGUAAAGUUUAUCUGGAGCACAGAGAGAUUGUCUGGAUUAGUAAUUUGUUAGCUAGCGUAUUUUAACGUGUAGUUAGCAUUGUAGCUAGCUAGCUGGCCAUUUUGUCUUUUUGCUGACACUAGUGGGCUGAAAGCGUAAAUAAUCCGCAGCGUCUAUCAGGAACCUUGAACAGAAGGAUUGCUUCUCUGAUACGACAUUUCUCCAUUAACGGCCCUGUGUAUAGGAUCACGGGACGUUGAUUGUUGGCUGUGGGGUAAGGUGGGGUCUCUGGGGAGCUUUAGGUUUGUCUUCCCAUGACAACGCGACACCAUGGCAGCAACGGCUCCAGCAGCGAUGCCGAGUGCCGGGUCUCGGAGGACGAGAGGAACACGGAGGACAUGGAGCUCACUGAGCUCGGACCGCUGCUGACGAGUCCAGAAGCAUCGACCAAAACCAGAGGUGCAACAGCUUACCCGAGUGAGGAGGAGGAGGAGGAGGAGGAGGAUGAUGAUGAUGACAAUGAUGAGGAGGAUGACCUGCAGGUGGUCACACUGCCUCUGCAGGCUCACCAUGCCAUGGAGAAAAUGGAGGAGUUUGUACACAAGGUAUGGGAAGGGCGCUGGCGAGUGAUUCCUUUCCACUUGCUUCCUGAUUGGCUAAAGGAUAAUGACUACCUGCUUCAUGGUCACCGGCCACCCAUGCCAUCUUUCCGAGCCUGCUUUGGAAGCAUCUUCAGGAUCCAUACAGAAACAGGGAACAUCUGGACGCACUUACUGGGUCUGAUCCUCUUCCUCUUUCUGGGCACUUUGACCAUGCUGCGGCCGAAUGUGUCGUUCAUGGCUCCUCUGCAGGAGAAAGUGGUGUUCGGGAUGUUUUUCCUGGGCGCUGUGCUCUGUCUCUGCUUCUCCUGGCUCUUCCACACAGUCUACUGUCACUCAGAGAAAGUGUCCAGGACAUUCUCGAAGUUGGAUUACUCGGGUAUAGCUUUGCUGAUAAUGGGCUCAUUCGUGCCAUGGCUCUACUACUCGUUUUACUGCUCUCCACAGCCACGCCUCAUAUACCUCUCUGUGGUGUGUGUGCUGGGCAUCGCCGCCAUCAUCGUGGCACAGUGGGAUCGCUUCGCCACUCCACGCCACAGACCUACACGUGCAGGUGUGUUCCUUGGCCUGGGACUAAGUGGCAUCAUUCCUACAAUGCACUUCACCAUCGCUGAGGGCUUUGUGAAGGCCACAACAGUGGGCCAAAUGGGCUGGUUUAUCCUAAUGGGUGCCAUGUACAUCACUGGAGCCGGUCUGUAUGCAGCGCGCAUCCCUGAACGCUACUUCCCCGGGAAAUGCGAUAUCUGGUUCCAAUCUCAUCAAAUAUUCCACGUGUUGGUGGUGGCUGCAGCGUUUAUUCACUUCUAUGGCAUCUCCAACCUGCAGGAGUUCCGCUACGGUCUGGGGGGAGGCUGUACAGACGACUCCCUCCUCUAAACAACUCCAUCCUUCUCUCCGCUUGCUUUCCACUCAUCACUUCAGCGCUGAAGUGAUGAGCAUUUUGAACAUUUCUGGAUCAGUUGUGGUUGGAAAGAGCUAUUGUACUCCACUGCCUACCCUACGCUCACUGAUCAGAAACUGUCCUAAGAUUGUUAUUGACUUUAAGGGAUUAUUAUCUAUAUUUUAAAAGGUUUAUACAAUCAUCAGUGUGUUUUAUUGUUGUAAUACUUGAAGACCUAAUAAGUAAAUCUUACUACUCAGUUAAAGGAAUACUCCAGCGGUUUUCAACCUAAUCUCUAUUGACUAGAAUCUAACAUCUGUAGUGUAUGUGUGAUAACCACAGGCAAGAAUUACGACAUAUUUCCCUGUAGUGAGAAAAACUUAUUUACUCUGAACUUGUCAUAAUGUUACAGCAACCUUGAGUGUUAGAAAAGCGCUAUAUAUAUGGAAAGAAUUUUUAACUCUUGGAGCAGUUGUAAAGUACAACAAUAAUAAAUGCUUAAAUUCCAUGGCUAUAUAUCAUAAAUUCAAAAAUACAACUGUUACAUUCUUCAUAAUAAAGGUCUUAGGAUGAUACAGACAUCAGAGAAUGACUUAUCAACUUGCUUACACUUUCACCAUUUCCCUUUCAUAGCUUUGUGGUAUUCAUGCCAAGAGGGAAAUGAGGUACCUGUGUGUUUCUGUCUAUGUUGGUAAAGUAAUACCACAAAUUAUACCCCUCUGUUCUGCAGAAAUACAUAAUAAAUAUUUGCAUAAAGAUUAUUAACUGCCCAACAACUGCCUGAGACUUCCAUUAUAUGUGAGUUUAAAGCAAAAAGGUUUUUAGUCCAUUCUUUUCUCAGUAGAGGGAAAUAUAAAUUCUUGUUCCUGGUUAUUACACAAACACUAUGUAUAUGGUAGAUGAAAUGAUAUUUGGUUGAAAAAUCCUGGACUAUUUAUUUAGGCAUUUAUUCACGGUUCAGUUUUCAAGGCACUGUCACACUGCUGGGGGGGAAAUUUCUAUCUCGUGAGGCAUUUAGUCAUAGACCACUGAGAGGUGUGUGAGCAGUGCUACCUCUUCCUGUCUUGUUCAGUCUAUACACACUGUUGGAUAAACAUGCUCCAGAUCUGAGAGCAGUAGCUACGAGUUUUGGGCGGUGCAGGUAUCUAGAACUACGAAAACAGGUAUAAAAUAUUAACGUCUUUCAUCUGCUGUAAAUGAUUUCAUGUAAUAAUCUGUAGAGUUUGUGACAAAAUUGAAUUUUCCUAGAUAAAUUUUUAAAUGUUUCCUUG